UCGUGUGAUGCAGAACUCAUUAGUUGAGGAGCUAAGCACCGAUAUUUAAGAGUGGUCUAGCCGUCGGAAGAGUUGAUUAAACUAGGUCUAGCCGUCACAACAAGCCCUAGCCGUCCAACCUUAUGGCGUGGUGAGCACUCCGACGGCAGCCAUGGCUGCCCAACCCUCUGGCAAAGGUGGGCAACCGUCUGUCUCUCCUUCUUUUCAGGCAAAGUUCUUCUCUGCAUUGUUCUCUUCAUCCUCCCAGCAACGUUCUCCCGUGGUAGCGGCGGUGUCGACCCAUCGUGGUGAACCCGCAAUCUCUUUUGCACGAGAGGCUAUUGAGGCUGUUGCGCAGCCUUUCUGUUUCUCCUUGGUGGGAAAGUUUGCUCGCAAAAGACCUCUAAUGGAGGACAUCCGGAAAUUCUUUCUUUCCCUUGACUUGAAAGCCACCUUUUCCAUUGGGUUGCUGGAUGCAAGACAUGUUUUGAUCAGGCUCCACAAUGAGGCAGACUUCCUGCGGGUUUGGACUAGGAAUGUGUGGUAUAUCCUCGGCAGUCCGAUGAGAGUGUUUAAAUGGACGCCAUCCUUUCACGUUGACAAGGAGUUAUUGUUGGUCCCUGUGUGGUUUAGCCUCCCUAAGUUGCCUAUGCAUUUGUUUGACAAGCAAUGUUUGUUUCAGAUUGUAUCAUGCCUAGGACGGCCUCUCUUUAUUGAUGCCGCGACUGCAGCGUUAUCUAGACCGAGUGUUGCUCGGGUUUGUGUUGAGAUCGACUUAUUGAAGGAACUUCCUCAUCGGGUCUGGAUUUAGCUGGGGGAUGAUUAGGGGUUCUGGCAGCCGUUACACCCAGAACGCAUGCCAAAGUAUUGCGUCCAUUGUUUUUGUCAAGGUCACGAUCAAUCCGAGUGUCAUGUGAAGAACCCUGAGCUGCGUCCAAAUUUGGUUCAUGGGGAGAGAAGGCUGCGGGUAGGGGUUGUUACCAUGUUGUCGGGGGAUGGAAACAAGGUGGGUGUGGGGCAUGAUGGGGGUGAGGCUGUAACAGCAUGUGGUGCUACUUCAGGGGAUGCGGGACCUGUUGGGGCAGUCCUGGAGACGAUGGGGCAGCAAGUUGCGGAGCAGCAGGAUGUGGAGGUUUCUGGCAAGGAGGCGGCUGAGGCGGGAGGUACUGAUCAACUGCUGGUGGUCGGCGAAGAGACUGGUUAUGGGCAGGACAGCAUGGGUGCGGCAGUUUCGCUAGUAGAGCAGGCGCUUGAUGCAGCGGCGGGCAGGAUCAUCAUCGAUUUGGCUGAGCGUGUGGUGACUGAGCAGGUGCCUGUGGUGGGUGAGAGGGACAUUCUAGGGAGUGGCGAACAGGUUGGGAUGGGUAAGGAGGAGGAUGAGGAGGUGUUGGCAGGAGAGUCCUCUGACGAUGUCAUAUGUGCAGGCUGCCUUUCGCCGCGGGGUGCGGGUGUGCAGCGUAGCGAGGGGGAGGAAGCAAACAAUGUGGCUAUGACCUUGCACUUGGAUCAGGUUGCUGUUCUUGAAUAAGGUAUCCAGAAGGCGGAAGGGAGGGGUAUUCGGGCCAUGGUCCCGUCGGACAAAGAAUUAAGGUGGUCGGCAUUAAAAAUGAUCUCUUGAAGCAAAUUUCCAGAAGACCCUUCAUCUCAUAGCGUGGCCACGCCAGAAAAAAGUAGAUGUUACCGAAAAGCCGGAUCCGCGGUGCCAAUAGCAGAGAUCCAAUUAAGAAACCCAGUAUACGUGGACCAAAAUACGGGGGAUUAGAACCUUGGACAAAGCUUGUUCCUUUUGGGGGAUUCCUACUGGCGCGCACAUCAGCACAUGGGUACUACAAAUAGAAAAGAAAAGCUAGAUUCAGGGGCUAUCAAGACAUUAGCUUUAGUUUUAUUUCUCCUUUCUGUCAGACGCUUUUGGUUUUUCUCUCUAGCCGCAAUUAGGAAAAAAGGUGAGAUUGAAGUCUAAUUAAGGAGCUAAGCUUCAAUUUCCCUUUGGGCGGCGGUCAGAAGAGGAAGAUUUCUCCAUUGCUUUUUGGCUCUGUACAAUCGAGACCCUUCUCACUUUUCACUUUUUAACUCUUCUAAAUUUCAUGAGAUUCCUCUUGUG